ACUAAUCUACGAUCUAUUGUACAAUCUACGAUCUACGAAAUGUAGAUUCGUUGCCUUAAUUAUAUUAUACAAUUUAUCUUUGUUGUAACGCUAUAGUUGCAUGAGAAAUACUUGUAUAGAAAUAGUUUGUUAAGUUGGUGUACAACGUCCUCUCGUCCCCUUCCACUUUUCUCCCCUCUAGCACUCCUUUUCGUUCAGUAGGUCCAACUCCUAUGUUACUUUUAUUCUCACUUGUCAUUAGUAGUUGACCGAUCGUAUUGACAAAUAUUUUUUUCACAAAACAAUUUGGCAAUUGACUUCUAUUAUAGCGAAUUCAAGCAUAAUGAACAACACAGUGACUUUACUGAAGCGUGUCGCACGGGCAGCAUUUCAGAUAUUAAGUACUAUCUAUUCCUCAUCUGCAUACAUAGUAUGGCUAAUGUUACUGUUUCCUGUAAAAAUAUAUAUACCACAAGUAUAUUGGCGAAUCGAAGGCCUACUUUACGACUGGUUGAACGCAAUCAUGGCGUCGUGGACCUGGUCCGCAGGCUACGACAUAAUAGAACAAGGUGAUGACAUACAGAAGAUUAUAAACGAGAAAACGUUAGUUAUGGCAAAUCAUCAGACCGCGGGCGAUAGUGUUAUAUUAGUAACAGCAUUUCACAGCAAACCAAAUUGUUCACCUAAUUCAUUGUGGAUACUGGAUAUAAUGUUGAAAUUUACUAAUUUCGGGAUAGUUUGUAUCUUUCAUCAGAAUUUCUUUAUUGUAUCGGGACGUGAACAAAGGGAAGAAAGUUUAAAACAAUUACGAAAGCAUCUCAUAGAUUCGUACAUACCGCGAGAUAGAAAAUGGCUAGCAUUAUGCCCGGAAGGUGGAUUACUAUAUAAAAACCGAGAGAGUUCGCAAAAGUAUGCUAAGAAGAACAAUCUGCCUAUUCUUGAAAAUGUGGCCCUACCAAGAGUAGGAGCCAUGAAAACGAUUAUGGAUACCCUCGGGCCAGCACGAAGCAGGGACGCAGAGGAUCAAUACCGGAAUAAUCGACCAAGUAUGACGGCAGCCAAUACAGAAAUUAGUUGGAUUCUUGAUAUAACAAUAGGGUAUCCUGAUGGUAAACCGCUCGAUCUAACUACUAUUGUAACUGGUUGGGGACCUCCGUGCAAGACGGUAUUAUUUUAUCGACUUUUCCCUAGUUCAGUGGUUCCUCAUGAAACAGAACAAUUAACCAAAUGGUUGUACGACAGAUGGGUAGAGAAAGAAGCACUGUUGGAACACUUUUAUAAACAUGGAACAUUUCUUGGCACAAAUGGAUCAAACAGGACUAGUACCAAAAUACAUCUGGAUCCAUUAAAAAUGAUAGUCCCUCAUUUAUUCUUCAUAAUGUCUAAUUAUAUACAUGGUAGCAUGCUUAUGUACGUGCUAUCUUACUUUUGGUAAGAUAUUUUUAUAUCAUGUGCGACGCACGACGGUCCAGUUUAAAAAAGGAAAUCAUCCCAUACAGUACGCAUGUCUAAAAGACUUCUUUAAGUCGUCUUUUAGACAUGCGUGUUGUAUGGGAUAGUAACGAAGUAAGAUAUCUUUGCCUUAAACAUGCAUUUUGAUGUUUAUGAGAAUAUUCCCAAGAGCUGUACAGAUAAUUAAAUUCAGCAAGUCUGCCUACGUUAUAAGCAGGGUUGGGAAGUAAUUCGUUACUUGUAACGAAGGUGCAGUUACAGUUAUUUCUUUGUGGUAACUCUAACUUCGUUACUUUCUCUCCGUCUGUGUAACUGUAACUUAACUCAGUUACAUUUUUUC